ACUGCUCAGAUUAGCUUGCUAUCUCUUGUGCCGACAGUGUUUUCGGUUUCCCGGUAAGAGCCGCCGCCUGGUCGACAUUUGUACCCAAAGAAAAGCGUGCUGAGUUUCCCGUGGUGGCGGUUGAGUCGUCAGCCACACGCCGUUUAGCAUUUAAGACGUACAUUUGUGAGGCGGCUAGCGUCACGCCUUGUUAACGGCAGAGCUGAGUGGAGCAGUUAAGAGCAGCUAAUUAGCUAGCAGUAGGUUUUUUUCUCCUUCUCGCAAGAUGUCGUACAGGAAAACUUUAAAACUUAUUUGUGGCUUCGCCGGAGGCUCUGCCGUCGUGGUGUUAGCGGCAGCCGCUGCCGACUCCCGCGGAUACUUCGGUGAGCGGCGCGGGGAGGCGGCCGGUCGGUGGUCGAGAUUCACCGUCCUCCAAGCUGCGCAGCCAGCGUGGACACCUGCCAGCCACACGCCAGCCCCGACUGGACACUCCUGGGACUUCAACUGGGAUAAGAGAGACCCAUCUGCACUGUCUAACGGGAAGAAGAAGGAAACUGCAACCGAGGACCCCAGCUCAGAGCAGGACAACGGCAAACCAAAAGCAACACGAAACAUCCUCCUCAUCAGACACUCCCAGUACAACCUGAGCGGAAACAGCGACAAGGAGAGGAUCCUCACUCCAUUAGGUCGUGAGCAGGCAGAGCUGACGGGCCAGCGUUUGGCAGCGUUGGGACUUAAGUAUGAUAUUCUGAUCCACUCGAGCAUGGCCAGGGCUACAGAGACUGCAAAUAUCAUCAGCAAACACCUUCCAGGUCCAGGAGUGGAGCUGUUGAGUUGUGAUCUGCUAAGAGAGGGUGCGCCCAUCGAGCCAGUUCCACCGGUCACUCACUGGAAGCCUGAUGCUGUGCAGUACCACGAAGACGGCGCUCGCAUUGAGGCAGCCUUCCGCCGCUACAUCCACCGUGCUGACCCCAAGCAGAAGGAGGACAGCUUCGAGAUCAUCGUGUGUCAUGCCAAUGUCAUCCGUUAUUUUGUCUGCAGGGCUCUGCAGUUUCCUCCAGAGGGCUGGUUACGGAUGGGCUUGAACAAUGGCAGCAUCACUUGGCUCACAAUCCGCCCUAGCGGCAGGGUGGCCCUCAGAACUCUGGGAGAUUCAGGAUUCAUGCCCCCGGACAAGCUAACACGGACCUGAUGGCCUGACAGCGCUGCAGGUUUCAGGAACUCAGUCCGAUGCCCAGUCAUUUGGUCGCAGGGUCAAAGCUCAGUUUUCUCCUUAAGUGUCUUGAAAAUUACUGUUGUUAUUUUGUAAUUGAUCUACCAUAAUGUAACAAGAGACUCUGUGGUUGUGAUUACUUCCGUGCCAUAGAACGCCAGCAGAACUGAUUCAGAGCUGCAUAGCAACUCCUCCUGAAUGUAAUGGGAUUUUUACAGAAGUGACUGAUUUUUAAACCAAAAAAAAGUUGUAUUUGUAUAGCUGCUGUAAAUGCAAAUGUUGUUCUCAGCUCUACAUUUCAUUACAGUAAGUUGACGUGAGGAUUAUGUGUUGUAUGGUGCAGCUGUAGUUAAUAAAAGAAAAUCAUGAA